CUGAAGGAAAUGACAAAGGAGGUAUUUCUGUCAAAGAAAAUUGAGAAAAGUGUUAUCAUACACUGAGAAAAGUGUUAUCAGUCUUUACAAUAUGGCUGAAUGUUAUAAAAGGAAGAUAAUCAUAUUAGAAACACCACAAUUUACCACUGUUCACCUUAUCAUCUUCUUUCUUCAGAAUAUUAAGCCUUUUAUAAAUUGAAAUCUACAGGACAAUGGAGGAAAGCAACAACAGUUCUGAAAAGGGAUUUCUUCUGCUGGGAUUCGCAGAUGAUCCCCAACUAGAAAGGAUCCUUUUUGUCAUAAUUUUGCUUUUCUACAUCUUGAACAUUCUGGGGAACACUGCCAUCAUUUUGGUGUCUUAUUUAGCCCCCAUACUCCACACUCCAAUGUACUUUUUCCUUAGCAAUCUCUCUUGUGUGGACAUCUGCUUUACCACCAGCGUUGCCCCACAGUUGCUGGUUACCAUGAAUAAAAAAGAAAAAAACAUGAGCUAUGGUGGAUGUGUGGCCCAGCUCUAUGUGGCUAUGGGGUUGGGAUCCUCUGAAUGUAUUCUUUUGGCAGUCAUGGCUUAUGAUCGAUAUGCUGCUGUCUGCCGGCCUCUGCAAUACACAACUAUUAUGCAUCCUCAGCUUUGUGCUUCCCUGGCCAUCAUAGCAUGGCUCAGUGGUCUUAUCACCUCCUUAAUUCAAUGCUCCCUUACUGUGCAGCUGCCCCUUUGUGGUCAUCGCAAACUGGACCACAUUUUCUGCGAGGUUCCUGUGCUCAUCAAACUGGCCUGUGUGGACACAACAAUCAAUGAAAUAGAACUCUUUGUGGCCAGUGUGAUUUUUCUAAUUGUCCCUGUGUCACUCAUCCUAGUCUCCUAUGGCUUUAUAACAAAAACUGUGCUGAGGAUAAAAUCAGCAGCAGGGCGCCGGAAGGCCUUUGGGACUUGUUCUUCCCACCUGAUUGUGGUCAUCAUUUUUUAUGGAACCAUCAUCUUUAUGUACCUUCAGCCAGCCAAAAGUAGCUCAAAAAACCAGGGAAAGUUUGUUUCUCUUUUCUACACCAUAGUCACCCCAGUCUUAAACCCCAUUAUCUAUACUCUGAGAAACAAAGAUGUGAAAGGGGCCUUGAGAACACUGGUGAUGAGAAAUGUUUUAGUUUCAAAAAAUACAUGA